GGAGAAAAGACCGGGAGCGGCGCCCGCCGCGCACACUCCGGCUCCGCGGGGGGUGGAGACCAUGGCUGGGGCGGCGGCGUCCUGCCGCGGCUCCGCGGGAUAGCGCGGGACGCGCCGCGCACCGCCCCGCGCCGGCAGGGGCUGCAGCGGAGCGCACGGCUUGUCUGACACUACCAAAAUCGUAGGCUGGUUGGUGCUUUCUCAUGGGAUCCCUGUGACUGACAAAGGAGAGAUUGUUGUGACAGCUCUGCAAUGACUACAGCAAGAUACAGGCCUACCUGGGACUUGGUACUUGACCCAUUAGUGUCCUGUAAGCUCUGCCUUGGUGAAUACCCUGUGGAGCAGAUGACGACAAUAGCACAAUGCCAAUGCAUCUUCUGUACCCUGUGCCUAAAACAGUAUGUGGAACUUCUGAUCAAAGAAGGUCUAGAAACAGCAAUCAGCUGCCCUGAUGCUGCCUGCCCAAAGCGAGGUCAUCUGCAAGAAAAUGAGAUUGAGUGCAUGGUUGCAUCAGAAAUCAUGCAGAGGUAUAAGAAGCUACAGUUUGAAAGAGAAGUGCUUUUGGAUCCAUGCCGGACUUGGUGUCCAUCCUCUACUUGCCAGGCAGUUUGCCAGCUCCAGGAAUCAAGCCCACAGGACCCUCAGCUGGUCCAGUGCAAAGUGUGUGACAUUGAGUUCUGCUCUGCUUGCAAAUCUAAUUGGCAUCCAGGUCAAGGCUGUCAAGAGAACAUGCCAAUCUCUUUUCUUCCAGGAGAAACAAGUUCAGUUUUCAAAAUGGAAGAUGAUGAUGCUCCAAUCAAACGCUGUCCAAAGUGUAAAGUUUACAUUGAACGAGAUGAAGGCUGUGCCCAAAUGAUGUGUAAGAAUUGCAAACAUGCCUUCUGCUGGUACUGUCUGGAAUCUCUUGAUGAUGAUUUUCUCCUUAUACAUUACGACAAAGGACCUUGUCGAAACAAGCUGGGGCACUCCAGGGCAUCUGUUAUCUGGCACAGGACACAGGUGGUAGGCAUUUUUGCAGGAUUUGGUCUUCUACUUUUGGUGGCCUCCCCUUUCCUUCUACUUGCUACACCAUUUGUUCUGUGCUGCAAGUGCAAAUGUAACAAAGGAGAUGAUGACCCUCUACCUACCUAGACUGAGAGAAGAUUGGACUCAUCACAACAUGUUUUGAUUUUACUGUUGCUGUUAUGUUUCCCUCUUGCACUUACAUUGCUGUAGCCUUACUUGCCCCAUUCUGCUUCUCAUUGACACAGUCUUGAUUCCAGGAACUGUUGUUACUACUGUUGUACAAGUCACUGAUAACAGACAAGGAGGGAAACAGAAGGCAAGUUUGGUGCUAAAGGGAGACUGCAGACCUGGGUAGCUAUUUGAAGUUAAGAGGUGAUACUGCUGAAAAUAAUGCAAAAGGUUGAUGCUGCCCUUCUGGUGGACUGGAAACUGUACUGAAUGACAUCAGCAAACCAACCUGAAAAAGCCUACAAACUUCUGCAUAUCUGUUUACUUCCAAAUUUGGUGUCUUAUUCCUGCGUAUGUUUAAGUUGCCUAUCAUUUAAAUCAGAUAGUCAACUUCAUGUGACUGUAUUAUAUUACCAUCUGUUUUUGUUAAAGCCAUCACAAUUUCCUUUUUAGUACCUAUUUUUUUCAAGUAUAAUAAAAUUAGGUGCAUAUAGGCCAUCCUAUGCCUUUUUUGAAAUUUGGGGAGGAUCAGAGGCACAAAGUUGGUCCUGCUGCCUUCCACGAAUUUUAUAAGGUAUUGUAAGAGAUUUGUUUGAUUAAAAGCUAAAUUUUAAAAUUAAUUGAUGAAGCUGUAAGGUUGAGUGGUGACACAAACCUGCUGUUUAAUCAAGUUUCUUUUAAAAAUGCAUUGAUGGUAUUGAUUACCCCUGGACCACUAGUGUUUUUUUGAAUUGUUAUUUUUUGCUAUUGUUUAGGGUUCUGCUACACUUAUAGGGCUAUGUAACUUCUAAUCCAGGUAUCUUAAUCUUUUUAUAGAUACAUAGAUAUAUAUAAUCCUAUUUAAACCAAAUGUGUAAAUAGCUGUGCUAUUGAAAUAUUUUGGAAAUUCAGGAUAGCUUUCUUCUGUCUUUAGGACAAUUAUUAAAAAAUACAGGACUAACUUUACUGUUUAGCAGACUCUUGAAAGUACAUCAUGGUUAUCCCUGUAGUUAAUAUGAAAAUGCCUGGGAUAUUUGUGGAAGUUGUGUUUUGCAUUUAAACUACUUAGCCCAUUUUCAGAGAUAAUAUUGUAUGAUAUGUGGUGUAUUGUGUUAGUAACAAUACUGUGACAAAAUAAGUUAUUUGAAAACUAAUCACUUGAUAGUUUUUCAGAAUUCAGUGGUGUGUUUUCAGGGUAGUAAAGUGUGCUAUUUAACAUACUACAUCAUUGAGGUUUCUUUUUAGAAAUAUUUUUUUGAAAAGCAUUUUGCUCUGAUUUCAAAGCCAAUGCAAAUUUGACUAAUAACUUCUUUCCAUGAAAUAUGAACCAUCUGAAACAAUGUGUAUGUUUCUAAUAUGAAGGAAAACAUUCUUUUGAAUGCUUGUGGACUGAAGUUUUACUGCAUUUUUCCUUCAUCACUUAUUUGUGUCAUCAGCAAUGUACUGAGGUGGAUGAAGCCAGGAUAUCUUUAUACUGAAAAUGUCUUAAGAUCCUUAAAUGCAUAUUGUUCUGGCUGCUGUCACAGGCUCAACCAUUAAAAAUAUUACUCUUUAGUGGCUUUUGUUUUACACUGUCUAUCUGUUUAAUAAAAAUAUUGUAGGGCACAGUUUUGAAAAGGGCCAAUUUCUUUUUAUAUAUCUGUUCUCCUCUCUUCCCAGUUUAGUGCUAUCCAAAUUCAAGCUGUAUCUAACCAGAGACUUUAGCUGGAUAUUAUCUGCAAUUCACUAACUUGUCUUGAAUUUAAUGAGUUAGGCCCCUGUGAUGUGAAUAAAAAGGAUAGUUGGUUUCCAGCAAAUCUGAACUCAUGAUAUCUUCAGGUUCUUUAUGGCAAUGCACAGUUCAGAUCUUUAGUUGUCAGAGUAUCUUUAGUAUUGUAGCUAUCUUUGUUAUUAAAAAUUGCUUAGCUGUUCAGAAAUAUCCAUAGGGAGGUCUGGGUACUGCAUUUGAUCCCUGUUUGCCAGCUCCCAGGGGUGUGUGAGGCACUGCUGAGUUCAAUGGGCAGGGAAGUGCUUCUCUCCCUCUGGCUCUGGCUCAGCUCAGUCCAUCUCCCAGAGGGAUCCUGAGCCACGCACCUGGCUUGUCCCAAGUCAUAGCUUCAUUGCCCAGAAUAAGUGGAAACCUUUCUGCAAAGGACAGCUUCCUGAAGGUUAGCUUGGACUGUAACCUUUCCUCCUUGGCUCUGUAGUUCUUUUUAACUGGAGAAGAAAACCCUGCACAAUAGGAUGUAAAUACUUCAUUGGUUAUUAAUUUUCUAUCUGGGGCACUGAGGGGUUUUGCUGUAUUCUGGCUGUGACUGAUGACCAGUUCUUCUACUGGGCUCAUAGUAAACAGGAUAUUCACUCACCUAUGAACAGUACUGAGUGUCCUGGUAUGAGGAAGUUUAUUUUCUCUGUGCCUUUCUUAGAGAAUUCAUCAAAAUGCAGCAAAACUUGACUUUUCCAAAAGUGCUGUGCAGCCAGUUAAUAACUGAUGUCAGAAUUAAUGCAUUUCCAGAUUUAAAACAAAAAAGAAAGAGAAACUCUUUGCAAAAACAGAAAUUUAAAAAUUAUAAUUUAUAAUUGGUAGUCACAGGUAACAUUAUAUAUAAUCAGAAAACAGUGUCAAUAUAUCUCUGAUCUCAACAUACUUGAAUUGCUACUAGCAGUUUUUAUGACACAGCUCUUGUUUCACAUCCCAGCUGUUGGAAUAGACUAUGCCUACAUAUAUUUACCAAAUACCUACACAGUCUUUUCAGGUUUGCUAAGUACCAUUCCAUCUGUAUUCUCGGGGAAUUUUUAUUUGUUUUUAUUGUUGUUAAUAUUAUUAUUGUUAUUUUUAAUGCUGAUUUGGUUCCAAAGUAGCAAUUUUUGGUGGUGAUGUAUUAAGUUCAGGGUGCUUUUAUGUUACAGCUUAUGUUGAUACUGUGACAUUUAAUAUCCCAAAACUGAAUUGUAAAUACGUAAUUUUAAACUCUGAUAUUUAAUCCCCCUACCAUGGGAAAGGGAAUGUUGGUUUCUUCAUCUUUUCAAUUGAAAAUCUGUUACAACAGCUAUGGCUUUUUGGAUUUGCACCAGAAAAAUAAGUAUCACAUCAUGAUUUCUGCUGCGUUGUUAUGGUUAUGCUAUUAUUUAGGGGGUUUGUAUUCACACAGAACUAUAGAAUAUUCUGAUUUGAAAGGAUCCACCAGGAUCAAGUCCAGAUCUUGAGUGAAUGGUCUGUUUGUAAAUGCAGUUUAAUGGAGUCUGUGACAAUACAUCAUCUGCAUGUUCUUCUGGGAUGUCAUGAGGUGUCAUGUCCACUAAGUGUGGAGUCCCAGCUCCAGAGGCUGUGCAUCUCCCUGGGCUGAAGCCAGUCCUGAAAGAGAUCAGGAGCACAGCCCACUUCAUCUUCAGUGGUGGUAGUGCUGGAUUUUCCCCUGUGACAUGGGACAAGUCACUUACCAUCUUUUAUCUCAAUUUAACCAUCUUUUAAGUGAAUGGACCAGUGUUUACCUCAGGAGGGCAGUGAGAGAAAAUUCAUUGGUUUUGAGGCUCUUCAAAAGAUUGUGAUGAACAAUUAUAUAUAAAAUAUUACUGUAUUUUUAUACUAAUAUUUCAGUUUUUACUCAUGUUGGCAUUCAUCCUGAAGCCUCCUACUACUGACUUUAGCAUGUCAAGAGUUUAGGAUACUUUCCCUCACAUACUGAGAAGCAUGAUCAUUCCUCAUAUACUCUGGUGCAUAAAUUAGGUAAAAUCCCAAAUAACAGCAGACUGGAUCAACUCUCAGUUUACAGAUGAGCUCCUGACAUGCAGAACACAAUCAAAAUUAGUGAAUAGCUCUCAUUUAUGGAGCUGACAGGAUAAAAUAUCCAUAGGCCAGAAAAAUUAGAAGUGUUUUUUAAAAAAAAAAUUGUUAUGGGCAGGAAGAUUAAAAUGAAGUUCCAUGCAUUUCAUCUGUAGGCCUUUUACUGUCUAGGAAUAAAUAUUUUUUAAUGCAAGCCAUUAUCAUUCCAGUGAGGUGCAGCAUGCAUAAACCUUUGUACAGGUUUGCUUUUUUAAAACCAAAGUUUGUACAUUUCAUGUACAUAAUCUAAAAGCCUGAGGGAAACAAGUAAAUUACGGUUGUUGAUGACAGUGAUAUUAAGGACAUCAAUAAAACCUGUAUCAGCCCUUGCAGCUAAUGCACUUAUACUAAGUAAGGCAUGCUGUUUGUGUUUAGAGCCCUGUGGUCUUCAUUAUUGCUUUGAUUUGUGUAUAACUUAUAAAAAUUCCAGGAACAUUAGGUACAGGUACAUGGUACAUAACUGAACCUUUCUUGAUCAUUUUAUUAUGAUGUAUUUCAAACUUGUAUAGGGAUAAGCAUGAAGGAGUCAUGCAUAUGUAUAAAUAAUGUAUUUGACCAGUGUAAAAAUAGUUCUGUUGAUGUAUUUGAAAUGUAAGUGCAUUUUGUGCCACUAACACUGUGAUGUAUAAAAGAGCUGUUGAAUGCCUUUUAAUGUGGUGUUUUGUACUUUGAAUCAUAUUGGAGAGUUUAAUUUGUAAUUUCAAUAGAUAUUUUAAAUGAA